UGAGUGGCUCAUUGGGUUGUGUGUACAGAUAUCAAGUGUGUAAGUGCGAAAAUGGCGACGAAUGGUGAGGGAACGAGUUCGGCGAUCAACCAAAAUACAGAAAAUAUAGAUCCAUCUGACAGAUUGAAACGGUUAUACCCGGCGGUAAAUGAAGAUGAAACACCUCUACCUCGAACAUGGAAUCCUAGAACGAAAUCAACCUUCAUUGGGCUGUCACAAAACAAUCUACGUUUGCAUUACAAAGGUAUGGGAAAGACUCAUAAGGAUGCAGCCUCAGUGACCACCGCUCACUCCAUCCCACCAUCAUGUGGUAUCUAUUACUUUGAAGUCACAGUGGUCAGCAAAGGAAGAGAAGGAUAUAUGGGCAUAGGAUUGUCCACAGAGGAGUUUGGAAAUAAUAUGAGCAAACUGCCAGGCUGGGACAAGCACUCUUAUGGUUACCACGGCGACAACGGACAUACAUUCAACUCUGCAGGGAACGGACAACCUUACGGUCCAACGUUUACAACGGGUGACGUUGUAGGAUGCGGAGUGAAUCUUGUUGACAACACUUGUUUUUACACAAAAAACGGAGUGCACCUAGGUAUUGCAUUCACAGAUCUACCUAGCAACUUGUAUCCAACCGUAGGCCUUCAGACGCCUGGUGAAAUCGUUGAUACAAACUUUGGUCAGAGCCCAUUUGUGUUCAAUAUAGAAGACCUCAUGCAGCAGGAAAUGAGGAUGAAGACGAAGACAACAAUAGAGAAUUAUCCAGUACCAGAUGACCAAGGGGAAUGGCAAUCAGUGCUACACAGAAUUGUGUCAACGUAUUUAGUUCACCAUGGUUACAGUCAAACAGCCGAGAGCUUUGCUCGGAGUACAAGACAAACAAUAGCUGAAGAAGUCAUGUCAAUUAAAAACAGGCAAAAACUUCAAAGAUUAGUAUUAGCAGGUUGCAUGGGUGAAGCAAUAGCUACAACCCAGAGACUCUAUCCAAAUUUACUACAACAAAACCCCAAUCUGGAAUUCAUGCUCAAAUGCCGCCAGUUUGUGGAGAUUGUGAGUGGGACAGAGAGCGAGAUACGGCCUCCCCGCAGCGAGCCACGUAGCUCGCGGUCGUCACGGUCGAGUAGUAGACACGCAAGUCCGGCCAUGAGCCCUCAUCGUGAUAGCGCCGCUCCUUCCUCAUCCUCCCCUCAUCUCAGUAUAUCAUCACCGUUGGCUACGGACCCUCUACAGAUGCAUCAUUCAGGAAUACCAGGAGGUAGCACAAGUAGUAGUAGUAGUAGCAGCGGCGGCAGGCAUGGGAGUAGUCUCCUCAACACUUCCAAACCUAUAUCACCAAAGAGUCCUAAGAACUUACAACAGCAACAGCAACAUCAGCAACAACAACAGCAGCAACAGCAAGACGGACUGACCACAAACACUGCAAUGACCUCAACCAUGAACGCCCUCAACCUCACCACGAACGGUAGUGUCAUGAACGGUUCCUCGAGGAUAAUAAACCCGGAUUCAGAUAUAGACAUGGAUGUAGACUGUCAUGAAACCAAUGGUGUUCACACGAACGGAAAUAGUAGUAAUGGACAUGCUGUGACAAACGGCAAGGCAUUAUCAUCAUCAUCAUCAGUCAAUGGUGUGUGCCCACCCACAGAAGAUAUGGAAACAGAUGAACUAGAAGGUACAUCGUUACCACCCGUCCGUCAGCUCUGUGGAGGGAGCCAUUCAGCAAUUGAACAUAUGCUCAAAUUUGGUCGGGAACUUCAGUGCUUCUACGACAAAAUCACCAGGGAGAACGGCAAGAACGAAACCAAUGCCAACGCUUUACGGGAGGCAUUUAGUUUGUUAGCCUAUGCAGACCCAUGGAAUAGUGAAAAAGGGUAUCAGCUAGAUCCAUUAUUACGAGAACCAGUCUGUGCCGCAUUAAAUAGUGCCAUAUUAGAAUCACAGAACAUGCCCAAGCACCCGCCUCUGGAGCUUGCCCUAUGUCAUGUGACCGAGACCAUGAAACUCAUGUCCAAGUACGGAGCAGGGUCAUGUGCUUUCUCAGGAGUAGACCACUAUCUAAACUAACGCUGGCCUUCCAUCCCCCUCCCCUACCCUCCCCCUCCC